UCCCUCCAUAAAUUGCAUGCGAUACAUACGACAGCGUUUACUAUGUGUUAGUAGUAUCUAACGGUGUUACUUGAAUUUGGAAGGCACUGUCUGGAAGUGUUCAACUUCAAGGUCUGGAAGUAUAGUACGUUAUCAGCUGUUAACACCUACCAGGAACAUAAGGAAACUCGGACAUGAAUCCCACACAUAUCCUUAGGAUUCCAGGCAAAUGGCCACAUUUCUACUGUAUACGUACGGUACAAUGUGUUCGCAAGUUAUUCUCAACACAAGUCAAUGAGGUUAUGUCCACAUCGGGAGAGUCUGAUAAUAUUGGAGAUGUUUACAAAAAUGUCAUGAGGAAGGUACCGCAACCUGUGGUGGUUGUAUCGACGGCCGAGUACGACAUUUUGAAGAACAGAUGGUCAAAGAGAGGAAUAACUUGUACAUCCUUCAACAGUGUUUCCUUUAAUCCACCUGUUGUCUCCAUUUGUUUAAAACAUCCAAGUCGUAUGCACGACCUUCUACUGAGGACUCAACAUUUCGCCGUCCACGUUCUCGCCAAUGACCAGGUGAAAUAUGGUGUACAUUUUGCCGAACCAGUGAAAGAAGACACAUGCCAGUUCACCAGUGUACCACACCAGAUAAGCAAUGAUUCCGGCCUACCUCUGAUAUCGGGUUGUUCUGCAGUGUUGGAGUGUACAGCUAAAUCUGUCCACACAGUCGGGGACCAUCAUGUCUGGUACGGAGAUGUGUAUAAUGGUGUACUCAAUGACAGCACACCUGACCCUCUCCUGUACUUCAUCAGGUCAUUUAGAUCUGUCGGCGAUGAGAUAUUUAUAAAAGCAUUCGAGGAUGCCACUCUACCUUAUGAGGACUGGACCCACGAAGCGCAUCUUAGAAUGGCUUGGAACUACAUCACAGAGUUGGGGAAGGAUGGAGCCACACCUCAUAUCAUAGCUGGUAUCCAGCAUUUCAAUGAACAGAACAAAGAUAAAGUGAAGUUUGGAUACCACGAGACCAUCACUAUGUUUUACAUAUCAGUGGUAACAGACGCCAUACAGAGAAGUGACGCAGACCAGCACUUCGACAGUUUCAUCUCGUUGCACACCUACCUUCUAGACAGGAAUCUCCCCUCGCAGUACUACUCAAAGGACAGGCUGUUUUGUUCAGAGGCACGACAUAAGUUUGUAACACCAGAUAUACGACCGUUGCCAUGCUGACAUUUGACUUUUAGACACCAAGAGCUAUGGGAUUUCAAAAGUUUUGUGAUAUUUCUCACCUUGGGCAUUUUUAGUAUAUGAUAUUGUGCAAUUGUUGGGCAUUUGUGAAGAUUUUACAGUAUUGCCAUAUUUGUUGGGUUUGAUACUCAGUGUUAAGAAAAAGGUCAAAACAGUUAGAAAGAAUAGAUUAAAACAUAUUUAAAACCCCAACUCCUUAUGGAAUCCUUGCUUACAAUAAUGUUAUGUUUGUAAUUUAUUGUUAACUGGCAAAUAGCAUAGGAUAUAAUGUCCCAGGAAUAUCAAAUAUUGUAUUAAUUAAAUGUCAAUUUGAUUUUGGGAUCCUUGGAUUUAGCUAUAAACAUGUUAUAUUGUAUUCCAUACCAUGCAAAGAUACUAAAAUAACGAUUAUAAUAGCUUAGGGACUUCAAACAAGCAAAGAAUUUGAAAUGUCAUAUUAACAGAUCCAAAAAUUAACAUACAUGAAGAGUACCAAUAUGGUCUUGUGUCAUGGCUAGUUCUCAUCAAAUAAGAUUUGUUUUAAUUUUGAUAGAAUUCUUUGGGCUUUUCAAGUAACUAGUGUGCACGUUCAAGAUAAUUUGGUAUGUACUUUAGUACCAUUAUCGUCUGAUGCCAUGGUCACUUUCAAAUGAGAUUUGUUUUAGUUCUGCAAAGAGUUCUCAAAGCUUUUCAAGCAACUAGGGUGCACAUUGUGGUAAAAUGUCUUUCAAGUUGUAAAAACUCUUUUACUACAAUUUGACCACCCCGAGAGUAAAAGGUUUUUUUAACUUUUAAUUAGAAUACAGAAUGUAUUUGCUUUUAAGAUGUGUCCUUGAAAAAGUUUUUAGAGUACUCUUUAUUUAUAUAUAAAUAGUUACAAAGGUUUACAACAAAUUUCAGGAAUGGGUGAUGCAGCUAGUCUUUACGAUAUUUUAUCAUACUAUGCCAAACAAGCGAGAACUUGGAACAGAUACCGGUGUUUAUGUAUCUUAAAAAAUCGUUAUAUGACGAGUAAGCACAAAAGUUAUGCUUAUUUUAACAAAACAAACUACAUAAUUAUACAUUGUAUUUUUUCACGUGUAUGUCAUAAUCAUCAUCUGUUUAGCAAAUUAUUAAAACAGUUUUAAAAUUUGUGUUUUAGCAAUUAUUUUACCUCGCCAACACAGCUUUUGUUUGUUUUACU